CUAAAUGAAUCCAUAUGUACAAGCCCACACCUAAAGGCACAAGACAAUUGGAAAUCAACAAGACACAAGGAUUAGAGAGGAUGAGGAAGGGAGCUUUUUCAACAAUAAGGUUUGUUGUCUUCCUUCUACUGAUGCUGCUAACUCAUGUGAGCGAGGUCAUGUCAGCCUCUGUCCCCAGCUGGUGGGAAGAGAUGGAGAUAUGGGGAGAUGAGGCAGCCAUGGAAUUGGAAUUGGAGUUGGAUAUUCCCACAAUGUGGAUGAGCCAGAGGGCUUCCAGGAUCCCCGUCAAUGUCGAUAGCUUUGGGGCUGCUGGGGACGGCGUCACAGAUGAUACCCAGGCCUUCCUGAACGCCUGGGACAAGGCUUGCUCUCUCAAGAAUGCAGUCUUUCUGGUACCAGAUCAGCGUCACUACCUAGUGAAUGCAGCAAGGUUCAGAGGGCCCUGCGAGAGCAACCUCAUUGUUCAGAUAAGCGGAACAAUUGUGGCUCCCGAUGAGCCCAAUGGUUGGGACCCAAAGAACCCGAGAAUAUGGCUCUACUUUUCUAAGCUCAAAGGCGUCAGGAUUCAAGGUGGUGGGGUCAUAGACGGCUCUGGUAGUAAAUGGUGGGCUUCAUCCUGCAAGAUCAACAAGACGAACCCAUGCAGAGAAGCUCCAACGGCACUUACUAUUGAUGCGAGCUCAGGUGUAAGGGUGCAAGAUUUGACCAUCCAAAGCGCGCAGCAGAUGCACUUCACUAUCUACAGGUCUGAUGCGAUUAAAGUCUCCGACGUCCGUGUGCAAUCUCCAAGAGACAGCCCCAACACAGAUGGGAUUCACAUAAGCAAUUCAUCUAACGUCACCAUCCAAAAUGUCCAGAUAGGAACGGGCGAUGAUUGUAUCUCAAUUGCGAAUGCCAGCUAUAACAUUAAGAUGAAGAACAUUGACUGCGGACCAGGACAUGGAAUCAGCAUAGGAAGCCUUGGAAAGGACAACUCACUUGCAGUUGUUACCGGCAUUGUUGUAGACACAGCAACUCUUACAGACACAACUAAUGGCCUGAGAAUCAAGACUUGGCAGGGUGGUUCAGGCUAUGUGAGAGCUGUGCGUUUUGAGAAUGUGAAGAUGAAUGCUGUAGCCAACCCCAUCAUUAUUGAUCAAUUCUACUGUGAUUCCCCCACCACUUGCAAGAAUCAGACAUCUGCCGUGAAAAUCAGCCAAGUGCUAUACAAAAACAUAAGAGGAACUUCAAAGAGCCGUGAUGCCAUGAAAUUUGCUUGCAGUGACACAGUACCCUGCAGCAACAUAGUGCUCAACGACAUAAACCUGGAGAGGGAAGAUGGCUCUGCUGAGACCUUCUGCAACUGUGCCAUGGGAUUUGAUUAUGGCUUUGUAAAGCCAGCAGCGGACUGCCUUCGUAACGAUGGUAAAUCAGCUUGUGAUGGUACCAGAGUCGGCAGCCAAAACCAAACUCUCCUUCCCAUCCGCCACACAGAACUAUAAACCAGAAAUCUCCUCCCUCAUGGAGAAUUGCAUGCUACAUAUAUACACACAUAUGCCACAACUAUAAUACAUAUGUAUGUAUGCGUUCAGGGCAUACAUGACCCACACAUAUAGGAUAGAUUUAGUCAAGAACAAAAUGCGUUAUCAUCAUUAAAAUUGACCUAAUUACAUAGCAAAGUUACUCGUGAUGGGUAUUACAAUCAAUUGGGUGCAUCAGAUCAUUCUUGUUAGUAUUUAAUUGAUCUGCCCCCUGAAUGUACAAUUGCUGAUGCCCAUUGAAUCAAUGGUGUUAUCAUAUUUGUGUUUACAAGAAAAGGACAAAAGAAAAUGUAUUUUUAUUAUUUGUCUAGUUGCAUGCAACUGAAAGAUGUGACCAAAAACAAAAAAAAAA